AUUUACCAAAUCAAUGUCUCUCAGCUGGCCACUUAAAUAUUGAAGGUCAAAAAAUGAGCAAAUCGCUGAAAAAUUUCAUUACCAUUCGUGUAACUUUAGAAAAAUAUACCGCUCGACAACUGCGAUUAUGUUUCCUUCUUCAUCAAUGGGAUUCAAAAUUAGAUUUCAAAGAAACUAUUAUGGGGGAGGCCAAAGGCAUUGAAACUAUCUUAAAUAAUUUCUUUGUUAAUACAAAAGCACUAUUGAAUGAAUUUAAACUUACUGCACAUGAAUCUGAUGGUACACAUCGAUAUAGUACUUCCGAAAAAGAACUAUUGAAUCUCUUUUACGAAAAACAAUCAGCCGUUCACGCAGCGCUUUGCGACUCCUUUAAUACACCAACUGUAAUUAGUGAAUUAUUGGAACUUGUUAGCAAGACUAACAUUUAUAUAUCUGCUGGAAGAAAUAACAUUAACAUGUUCGUACUCGAAAAUAUAGCAAAAUAUAUAACAAAAAUAUUAAAACUUUUUGGUGUUAUUGGAAACGUUUCAUCUGAAGAUAUUGGUUUCGAUGAAUCAGAAAAAAACGUUAUAAAUCAAGAUGAGGUCGUGCUUCCAUAUCUUCGUGUUCUAUCAAGUUUUCGUGAUAAUGUCCGAGAACUUGCACGUCAACAGAAAGGUCAUGGUGAAUUUUUGGCUUUAAGUGACAAGCUGAGAGACAUUGAUUUGGUAAAUCUUGGUGUGUCACUAGAUGAUCAAGAAGAUGGAAAGGCUUUAGUUAAGUUCGUAGAUAAAGAUAUACUUAUCAAAGCAAGAGAGGCGAAAUUACAACUUCAAGCCGAAAAGGCUGCCAAGAAAGAAGCUGCUGCAAAAGCUAAAGAGGAAGAAAGAAAAAUAAAGUUGGAAAAAGGAAAACUCGCUGCAGAGGAUAUGUUUAAAGAGGAAAAGGAUGAAGAUGGGACCACUCUUUAUUCUGCUUUUGAUGAACAAGGAAUCCCGACGCACGAUAAUAAAGGAGAGGAACUGUCUAAAAGUAAACUUAAAAAAUUAAAGAAAGAAUGGGAUAUUCAAAAAAAAUUAAAUGACGAAUAUUUGGCUUAUACUGCUUCUAAUUCUGACAAUUAA